CCCCGAAAAUAAGUCCAAGUGCUUAUUUCAGGGGUCAAAAGAAAAUAGGACCCUGUCUUAUUUUCAGGGAAACGCAGUAAUCCUUGUGUUUCAGAUGGUAAGCUUGGAAGAUAUUGCUAUGAGAUCCAGUUGUUUGGAAUGUGCUUAACAUGACUUAGCAUUUUAUGAUUUCAAUGCUAGUCUAAAUGGCCAGUUGAGUAUAUAUGAAUCAUUUGAACAAGACGAUUUAUCUUAAACAUCCUUUACUGUUCUCUUCAUUUCCUAGCUUUUUUUUUUUUUUUUUUUUUGCACAGCAGUAUGAUGCUAUGGUCUUUGCAGUUAUAAGGAAUAAUGCCUGCAAAAAGAAAGAAGUACAUUGAAAGCUGGAAAAGAUGAAACAACUGAAAAGGAAAAGGAAAAGCAAUUUCAGUGUUCAGGAGACCCAAACAUUACUUAAAGAAAUCCGAAAAAGAAGAGAGGUGCUUUUUUCCAAACAGCUAAAUACAACUAUUAACGAGAUGAAGCGGAAGGCUUGGGAAGAAAUUGCAGAAUGUGUGAAUGCUGUAGGUGAAGGAGAACAAAGGACUGGGACAGAAGUCAAAAGGCGAUACCUUGACUGGAGGGCCCUUAUGAAACGAAAGCGACUGAAUACUAACAUAAAGUUGGUUGGAGCUGGCUUUCAUCUCCCUUCAUCUGAUCUGGAUGAUUCUCUCAAUGAAGAUAUUGAUGAGAAAAUAGGUUUUCCCAAUGAAUCUAAUUUUGAAUGGCAAAAUAUCACAGACUUCAGAGAAGCAGGGGGAUCAUUAACUGAAGUGAAAGUAGAAGAAGAAGAGGAAGAUCCACAAAGUUUUGAAUUUCCUAUUGAGGAAGAAGAGGAGAUUUUGUCCUCGGUUUUGCCCGAUUCCAAAAAGGAAAGUGACCUUCCCGAUUUCACCCAUAUUGAAGAAUUUGGAAAUCUAAGUUCUGCUCAAGCUAGACUGGCUUAUGAAGAUUCCCACUUGCUGAUUAGCUUGGAGAAGCAGAAGCUAGAGCUGGAAAAACAACGCCUGGAUAUUGAAGCGGAACGACUGCAAGUUGAGAAGGAGCGUCUGCACAUUGAAAAGGAGCGGUUGAGGCACAUUGAUCUGGAACAUGAGAGGCUUCAGCUGGAAAAAGAGCGGCUACAAAUUGAGCGGGAGAAACUGAGGCUUGAAGCUCAGCAUGGUGAAAAACCUAUCUUGGAGAAUGAUCCAAACCAGGCAGAAAAGCCUGUCCUACAACCUUUGGAUUUAGAAACAGAAAAACUGAAAAUUGAGAAAGAGCGUUUGCAGCUUGAAAAGGAAAGGCUGCAAUUCCUGAAGUUUGAAUCAGAAAAGCUGCAAAUUGAAAAAGAACGCUUGCAAGUGGAGAAAGAACGGCUUCGAAUUCAGAGAGAAGGGCAUUUGCAGUGAACUUGGAAGAAAUCAUUACCAACAUUGUGUUCUGUUGUUUGUACUUUAAAAAAAAUCAGAAUUGUAUUUUGGUUUUAUUAAAAGUGUUGAAUAGUC